UUCUUAUCGCCAUAUUUAUUUGUUGGGAGUGCAUUUUAAUUAUUCGACGCUUGUUUAUUUGUUAAAAUUUGUUAAAUUUACUUAAAAAAACUAAACUAAAUUAUUAAAUAUAAUGGCUGUACCAACAUACGGUGAUAAGCCAAUUAGUUUCCAACUAGAAGAAGGUGGCGAAUAUUAUUAUGUCGGCUCAGAAGUCGGCAAUUAUCUACGUCUUUUCCGUGGUAUUCUGUAUAAAAAAUAUCCAGGAAUGACAAGAAUUGUUUUGUCCAACGAUGAAAGAAAACGUCUAGCUGAUGCUGGACUAAGUAAUCAUAUUCUUGCAAGUUCGGUUUCAUUAUUGAAGGCUUCAGAAGUAGAUGAAAUAAUUGCUGGAAAUGACGAAAAAUAUCGAGCUAUAUCAGUGAAUACAUCAGAGACACCAUUACCAAGAGAGAGCAAGUCGAAGAAGGCACCACAAUGGGUGCCAACAAUGCCCAAUUCAAGUCACUUGGAUGCUGUGCCACAAGCAACUCCGAUCAAUCGGAAUCGGGUGCACACAAAGAAAGUUCGAACAUUCCCAAUGUGUUUUGAUGAUACAGAUCCAACAGCUAGCAUAGAGAAUGCUUCGCAACGGGAGUGUUUGGUGCCAAUACGUUUGGACAUGGAAUUGGAAGGGCAAAAACUAAGGGACACUUUCACUUGGAAUAAGAAUGAAAGCAUGAUCACACCUGAACAAUUCGCUGAAGUACUUUGCGAUGAUUUAGACCUUAAUCCAGUACCCUUUGUUCCUGCAAUAGCUCAAGCUAUCCGUCAACAAAUUGAAGCGUUCCCAAAUGAACAACCAAUACUGGAAGAAAGCUGCGAUCAGCGUGUAAUUGUAAAGCUUAACAUACACGUAGGCAAUACAUCAUUAGUAGAUCAAGUCGAAUGGGAUAUGUCUGAAAAGAAUAACAAUCCCGAAGAAUUCGCCAUGAAACUUUGUGCCGAGCUUGGUUUGGGUGGAGAAUUUGUGACAGCAAUCGCUUACUCUAUUCGAGGUCAAUUAUCAUGGCAUUUACGUACUUAUGCUUUCUCAGAAGCACCACUUUCGACUAUUGAUGUUCCAUUUCGCAAUCCCAGCGAUGCUGAUGCAUGGGCUCCAUUCCUGGAAACUCUUACCGAUGCCGAAAUGGAAAAGAAAAUACGAGAUCAAGAUAGAAAUACAAGAAGAAUGCGUCGCUUGGCUAAUACGACAACUGGAUGGUAAAAAAUGUAAAUUAUCGCUAAAUUGUAUAAAAAAAUAAUAAUUUAAUACAAUUUUAAUAAAAAUAAAACAAUA